AUGGCAGGCAGAUGUAGUCGAAAUGCGACUUAUACGCGAUUCAACAAAGGUUACCACUAUAUCCUCACUAUUAUCGAUGUGCUGAGCAAGCACGCAUGGGCCGUACCGCUCAAGACCAAGAGUGGAGACGAAGUUGCAAGAGCGAUCGAAAAGAUAAUUCGAGACGAUGGAAGAUGUCCGAAAAAUUUGCAGACCGACAGAGAAAAGGAAUUUUAUAAUGCAAAUGUACAAAAAGUCAUAAAGAGACACGAUAUUAAUCACUAUUCGACAUAUUCUGUAAUGAAAGCAUCAAUCGUCGAACGGUUCAAUCACACGUUGAAAAAUGACAUAUGGAAGAUGUUUACUCAUAAUGGCAAUUAUAGAUGGCUCGACUUGUUAUCACGUCUCGUCUUGGUGUAUAAUACGCAUCGAACUAUCGGUAUGCGACCCAUAAAUGUUAUCCCCGCAAUCGCAGACAAACUCUUGACCACAGUGUAUAAUCACAUAAAAAUUGCUGCAUCCGCACGAUUCAAAGUAGGCGAUUCGAUUCAUGUGGAAAAUCAAUCGCUGGAGGAUUCUACGAAUACGAAUUGUCAUCGCGUUGUAAACCCCAACGUGUAUCUCGUUGAAAAAGUAUUAGGCAAAAGGGGGAAUGAGGUUUAUGUUAAAUGGUUAGGAUUUGAUAAUUCGCACAAUUCAUGGAUACACAAAAGUAACGUGUUGUAA